AAGGAGCGAAACCCAACAUUUUACAAGUGCAAUGGACAGAACAACUUCGAGCGUUCUUCUUCGAAUCUCUUUUUUACUUCUCGUCGGUGCUUUCAGCAUUCAUACAAGAAGCCUCGAGAGUCCAGUCAACCAGGUUUUCCAGUCGAAGGAUGAUUCAGAUAUACAGAGUCCAAUUUUGGCCUUUUUGCUGCGGAAAAAUGUCAUGCCUGUUCAAGAAAAGGAUGUUUUAGGACUGGAGUUGGCCAGAGAAAUCACAGAACUGCAGGAGCUUCAAAAGGAGCUCAAUCUUGAAAGAAAACUGGUGUCAAAUGCGAUAGAUAACAGGAGAUCGAUGACCAGCAAACGAGAUGACGCCUGUUUCUGGAAAUACUGUGUUUGAGGAUCUUCAAGUGAAGAGCGAGGAGAAGGAAAAGUCUGCAAAAUCAUUAAAUGCCUUAAGAUGUGUCAAGCAAGCAGAACCUUUUUACAUAUCGAACAAUAUGCAUUCAUAACAUGUCAUGAUAAUCAUGAUAGUAAUAAUGUACUCACGACUGUACUCUUAUAUGAAAAAUGUAU